ACCCGGGGCCAGCAGCACCAGAUCCUGUGCUGUGCUCGCCCCACCCCUGCCCUAACCUCGGUGAGGACGCCCUCAAGACCGGGCAGGGGAGAGGCAUGCACAUGCACACACACAUGUGCAUGCACACCCCCCACAUGCACACGCAUGCAUGUGUGCACACACCGUGUGCUGACCACUGAUGCCGAAUUCUCGGCCGUAAAAACCUGGAAGGCAGCUAUUUUGACUCCAGAAUACACACGGGAUCUGACAGUUUAUAAGGGAAAGACUGGAACUCCACAGGGGAGCUGGUGCCUUUGUCUGUGGCCUCCACCGUGCGGCUCCAGGGACCCCGAGGGACCCUCUGGCUCUGGGGCCAGCCCCAGGCCUACAGGGGCCACCGGGCACUCUGCCUUGCGGAGAGUGUGUGUGUGUGUGUGUGUGUGUGGAAAACAUGUAGCCUCUUGUUCAAAAGAUGGUUAGAAUUUCAAGGCAGACAUCACACUGAGCCCCCUCCAUGUCCCUUCUUUGUGCUAUGACCACCGGGACCAGCCCUGAGGGUGAUGGAGCCAGGCCCGGGAGGCAGGACACUGGGCCUGGGCACCUCCCCUCUCAGCAUCCUGGGGUUGGGUUGGCUCUGGGAGUGGGGCUGCCUCUGCCCAGCCCAUCGGGGACCGAGGCAUUGAUGAGCGUAUGUGGGGGUCAUCGCAGGAGCACAUGGGCCCCUGUCGGUCCCUCAGCAAGCUCGGCGCCAGGCUGGUGGGGCUGCAGCAGGAGGGGAUCUGGCCCACAUGCCUGGUUAUUUCUGGAGGGGGUGGCAAGAGGGGUGCCAGCCUCUUAUGGGCAAGAACGGGGAGCCCCAGGUUGGAGGAAGGGUGCCUCUUUGCUGCCAGGGCUCCCCAGAGGAGAGGGGCCAGGAGGACCUGCCCAUGGGCCUAGGGUCACGGCACACACCACGGGGGUAAAGGGCCCCCAGCUGGAAUGCUGGGUGGGAGGAGCCAACCCGGCCAGGUGCGCUCCCUCCCCAGGCCCUAGGCAGGUGGCUGCACGGGCCCGCCCUCCUUCCUACCCCCUCGCCUAAGGGAGACAGAUAGGCAGGUCUGGGCGGGCGAGCUGCUGAGUCAGUUUGCGAGGAAUGUUCGGGCCGCUCCCAGGCACACCCUGAGCCUGCCGGCCCCACCACACCCUCCCAGGUGCCUUGGCCCGGCGCCCGCCGUGCCUGGAACACACCUUCAGCCCAAGCUUGCUCAGACCAGCUCCCACCGGCAGCAGCCUCACUGCUCCCCCACCUGCUCCCCCCAUGACCCCAUUGAGCCCCCUUCACCAUGCUCUCGGGUGACCCAGGGCCGGUUCACGUGUGUGAAUAAGCUCCUCCUGUGUAACAUGCAGACUGGGGAAAUGGGGGGAUAAGGGGGUCACCAGGCAACAACCCCUUGGGAUCGAGGGGUGUCUGCAGGAGGAGGGUCUGUAAUGAGAGGGGCUGCAGGGAGGCCCAGCCCGCUCGGCCAGGGCUGGGGGCGGGGGAGGUGGCCAGGAGGCCAGGCCUGUGGCAGCUAAGCCAGUGCUUUGGCCAAAGCCCAGAGCCUCCCUCCCGUUGGCUCCACUCAACCGUCCCCCCCACCCGGUCACCCGGGCUGCCUCCUUGCCCAGGCACACCAGGCUGGCUGCUGGCAGAUGGGGCGGUGGGCAGGGGCCCGAGGGGCAUCCCCACAGGUGACCCGGCCGCCCUGGCCAUCUCCUCCAAGCCAGCAGGGUGUGGAGAUGGGGCAGCCCCCAGGCUCCCACAGCACCCCGGCCCCUGUGGGCACCACGGCUGAAUCCGGGCUCAUUCCGGACCUCGUUGCCAGGAUUCCCUGGCCCCGAUGGGUACUGGUGGCCAUCGUUGUUGCCACCGCCAUCCUCACUUCUUCUUUCCUCCUCUGCGUCGUCUGCUGCCACUGUCGCCGAGCCCACAGGAGGAAGCCCCGAGACAAAGAGGCCCUGGGCCUGGGCAGUGUCCGGGGCGCCACCACCACCCACCGGGUGCAACCGAGAUGGACGAUGUGGAGUCCACCCGGGGGAGCCCAGCAGUGGGGGCGCCUGCAGCUCUCCCUGGAGUACAACUUUGGAAGCCAGGAGCACCUCCUGGAACUCUGGUGCCAGCUGGGCCCCCCGGGCACCACCGAAGCUGAGCAGAUGGGGGAGCUGUGCUUCUCGCUGCAGUACGUGCCCGGCUCCGGCCGGCUGACGGUGGUCGUGCUGGAGGCCCGGGGCCUGAGCCUGGAGCUGGCAGAGCCCUACGUGAAGGUCCAGCUCAUGCUGAACUGGAGGAAGUGGAAGACGAGCAGGACGUCUGCCCGGAAGGGCACGGCCGCCCCCUACUUCAAUGAGACUUUCACCUUCCUCGUGCCCUUCAGCCAGAUCCUGAGUGUGGACCUGGUGCUGGCCAUCUGGGCCCGGGGCCCGCGGCUUUGGGCCGAGCCCGUGGGUAAGGUGGCUCUGGGAGCCCGGGCCUCCAGCCAGCCCCUGCAGCUCUGGGUGGACAUGUUGGCCCAUGCCGGGCGGCCCAUCGCCCAGUGGCACCGCCUGCGGCCCGCCGGGGAGGUGGACCAGGCCCUGGGCCUGCAGCCCUCCCGGCGCCUGCCCUUGCCUGGCUCCUGACAGCACCCGGUGCCGUGAGCUCCCUGCACUGACUUGUGGGCCUGUCCAGGCCCCGCGGGUCCUGCUGCAAUAACGUCUCCCCCACCACCA